AUGGACGAAAUAUCGUACGAGGAUUUAGUAUCGCUCAUCGAGACGAAAAACAUUCAAUUAUUCGAUGUUCGCACACCAGAAGAGAUUGCUAAAUAUGGAAAGAUUGCACAUUCAGUCAAUGUUCCUGUUCAUGAAAUCCGAGAUGCAUUGCAAAUGAGUGCAGAAGCCUUUCAAGAUAAGUAUAGCGUUGCAAAACCUACUAUGGAUAGUCAACACUUGAUCUUUCACUGCCAGUCUGGUAAACGUAGUCGUAUGGCUUUAGAUGCUGCUCUCCAAUUGGGAUAUAGUAAUGCUCGUCAUUAUCGUCAAGGCUUCUUAGGAUGGCUUCAAAGACAGGAAAAUACCAAUAAUGAAAUGAAAUAA